UUUCGUAUAUUUUAAUUAUCUUCCGAGGAAAGAGAGAAAAAAAUAAAAAGGAAAAUUUUUCUUUCGUCAUUGAUGUUCGUUAUGGAUCGACGUAGGAUUCCAAAGAGGAGAGGACUCUCACCUUCCAUUAAUUCGUCGGAAACAGAACCAUCGCUGCUAGUACCAUCCUCGACCAGUCAGCAAUAUGAAACGAUAACUGAGUUUCCAGCAACCGUCGGUGCUACAGUAAUUAGUGGAUGCAAAGAUCAACCAACCAUUUGCGGAAAGGAGGCUGCCUGUCGUAGUUUCAGUGAUAACACUUCCCAAUGCGUUUGUCCACAUGAUACUUCCCCACCUACGUCAGACCUCAAAUGUCCUAAACGUCUAACCGUCCCUUUGACUCCACGACCCAUACACAAUAUAAUACCACCAAGUGGUAAUGGCACAAACAGUACAACUGCUCUACCAGAAGCAGAACAGUAUUAUAAUGUUAUCGUGCAGGUUGAACGUUCGAGGCAUAAAGUACCUGAAAUAGUUGGAAUUGCGAUAGCAUUCGUCGCGGUUAUAGUUAUCCUCUUGAGUAUAGUCUAUUGCGUGAGGAGACGAAGUUAUGGUGUUAAAUCGCAAAGAAAUUCAUUGGACUCAUCUCCGAUGAACCUGAAAAAGGGAUUAUUGUUACCAAACAAAUACACGCCUAAUCCUCAAUAUUAUAGUUGUAACUCGCCGGAAGUAUUCAUAUUGCAACGUGAAAAUCUUGUAUUUUUUCAUGAUAUCGGUGAAGGCUGCUUUGGUAAAGUUUAUAAAGGAGAAUUAAGAAAUGAAGAUGUAACCGAGAUCGUCGCGAUAAAAGUUUUAAAAAAUACUGUCUCAAGAGAAGCUGAGGAAGAUUUCAUGCGAGAGGCAGAUAUUAUGUCAACCUUUAAACAUCAAAAUAUUUUAAAUUUGAAAGGUGUGGUACUUCGUGAUGCUGGUAACAGUCCAUGGAUGGUAUUUGAAUAUAUGUCGUAUGGUGAUCUUGCUGAAGUUUUGAGAUCUAACUCGAGACAACUGCAUUCACCUAAUCCUGGAUUAGAACCUUUAACAAAGGGUUCCUUACACUGGAUAGCCAUUCAGAUAGCUGCCGGUAUGACAUAUUUAUCAGCACAGAGAUUCGUUCAUCGUGAUUUAGCCUGUCGUAAUUGUCUUGUUGGAUCCGGGCUCGUUGUCAAGAUCGCAGAUUUUGGUUUAUCAAGGGACGUCUAUACCUGCGAUUAUUAUAAAAUCGGUGGUUCGAGAUUAUUACCAAUCCGAUGGAUGGCACCUGAAAGUUUGUUGUAUGGUAGAUUUACAUUAGAAAGUGACAUUUGGAGUUUCGGUGUAGUCUUAUGGGAGAUCUACUCCCUUGGCAAGCAACCAUAUUACGGACACAGUAACGAAGAGGUGAUGAAGCUGGUACUACAUGGAAUUAUGUUAAUACCUCCUGACGAAUGCCCACAAUUCAUUUGUCAAAUAAUGUGCGAGUGUUGGAAGACAGACCCGAAAGAUCGUAUUAAAUUCUCCGACAUAUUGGAGAGAUUGGAGAAAGUCCAAGGGAAAUUAAAUCAACAGGGAACAUUACCGAGACCACCACAAGGACCUGUCACCAUUCGUACUCCUGAUGUUUUAGAUUCUGACGGUUACUUGUUGCCUUCGCCAUUUACGCCUCGCGAAUAUUUACAAACUCUGCCGGCUUUGACCGAUUAAAUUAACAAAAUAUUAAUUUUAUAUAAUAUAAAAAAAUGAAGAAAUAAGAUUUUUCUUUAACGAU